CCCCGACGCCAACGACCACAAGAGGGACCAGAGAGACGCAGAAUAGUACAUUUCUCUAAGAAGGAAGUGAGAUUAAGAGCAAUAUUACAGGAAGGAAAUGUAAAUACACAGCAGAGGGCAGAGAGCUUACUGAAACAACAUGACAAAUUAUAAAAAAGGAGAGUCCAGGAAGUUUGAUCCAAGUUUCAAAGGACCCAUCCAAAACAGGGGCUGCACUGACAUCCUCUGCUGCAUCCUCUUCAUCCUCGCUUUGUUUGGCUAUUUUGCUGUGGGUAUUCUGGCAUGGUCCCAAGGUGAUCCCAGGAAGGUCAUCUACCCCACUGACAGCAGAGGGCAGUUCUGUGGACAGGCCGGGACGCCCCUUGAGAAGAAGCCAUUUUUGUUCUAUUUUAACAUCCUAAAAUGUGCCAGCCCCUUGGUUCUGCUGGAGUUUCAGUGCCCCACCACACAGCUGUGUGUGGAGAAAUGUCCUGAUAAACAUUUAACACUGAUAAAAGCUAAAAUGAUGGGCGAGCAUGAAUACUACAAACAGUUCUGUAAGGAAGGAGUGGAUUUCAGUAAGAGUUCUCCUGAGAUCCUGAGGGAUAAUUUAUGUCCUGCCAUGCUGAUGCCAAGUAAACCAUUCACACGGAGGUGCCUUCCUGCUUUGGGAACAAUGAAAGGUGGGGUCGUGGUCGUGGGCAAUGAGACCAGUUUUGACACAGGAGACGGAAAAAGCAUAAAUGCCACUGAAGUGCUGGAGGCAUCAAAGAAGUCAAAUGUGGGUGUUGAAGCUCGUCAAGUAGCAAUGAGGAUCUUUGAAGACUACACACAAUCAUGGCACUGGAUACUGCUUGGACUGGUGAUCGCUAUGGUCGUCAGUUUAAUCUUUAUUGUGCUGCUGCGAUUCUUGGCUGGAAUUAUGGUGUGGGUGAUGAUUAUCUUGGUCAUUCUCGUCAUUGGUUAUGGGAUUUUCCACUGCUACAUGGAGUAUGCCAGCCUGAAGGGUGAGCCAGGAGCAGAUGUCACUAUUCGAGAUCUGGGCCUGCAAACUGACUUCUCUGUUUAUCUACAAAUCAGGCAAACGUGGUUAGCUUUCUUGAUAAUCCUGUGUAUUGUUGAAUUCAUCAUCAUUUUGCUGCUCAUAUUCUUGAGAAAAAGACUGCUUAUUGCAAUUGCCCUCAUCAAAGAAGCCAGCAGAGCCGUAGGCCAUGUCAUGUCCGCUCUGUUCUACCCACUGCUCACCUUUGCCCUUUUGGUUGUGGUAAUCGCUUACUGGGCCAUUACUGCUGUAUUCUUGUCAACCUCUAAUGAGCAAGUGUACAAAGUAUUCAAUAACUCUGACUGUGAAUAUGCACGAGAAACUUGUGACCCCAAGACUUUCAACACUUCCAACAUCUCACAACAGUGUCCGGAUGCUGAGUGCCUGUUUGCAUUUUAUGGCGGAGAGACCCUGUAUCACAAAUAUCUCAUCCUAUUCCAGUUCUACAAUGUUUUCCUCUUCUUCUGGUGUGCCAAUUUUGUGACUGCCCUGGGACAGGUCACUCUGUCGGGGGCUUUUGCCUCGUAUUACUGGGCUUUUAAGAAGCCGGAGGACAUCCCUGCAUACCCCAUUUUCUCCUCACUGGGACGAGCGCUAAGAUACCACACAGGCUCCCUGGCUUUUGGCUCUCUCAUAUUGUCUAUAGUCCAGGUCAUCAGGGUCAUUCUGGAGUAUCUGGAUCACAAACUGAAAGGGGCUCAAAACAAGUGUACCAAAUUUAUGCUGAGCUGUAUGAAGUGUUGCUUCUGGUGUCUCGAGAAAUGCAUCAAGUUCUUAAACAGGAACGCUUACAUCAUGAUUGCCAUUUAUGGGAAAAGCUUUUGUACUUCUGCUAAAGACGCAUUCUUCCUCCUCAUGAGAAACAUUGUCAGAGUGGCUGUUUUGGACAAAGUCACUGAUUUUCUGCUAUUUCUUGGAAAGCUUCUUAUUGUUGGUAUUGUUGGAAUCUUCUCUUUCUUCUUCUUUUCGGGGAGAAUUAAAGCAGUUGAAGACGCUGCUCCAUCUCUCAACUACUACUGGGUGCCAAUACUGACGGUUGUUGUGGGGUCCUACCUCAUUGCCCAUGGAUUCUUCAGUGUGUACGCCAUGUGUGUGGACACGCUCUUCCUCUGUUUCUGCGAAGAUUUAGAAAGAAAUGACGGCUCCUCAGACAGGCCCUACUUCAUGUCGGUAGAGUUACAUGAGAUUUUGUCCAAAACUAUAAGGGCGGAGGAGGAGCAUGAUGGCAUUGAGCAGCUAGAAACUGCCAAAAAUCUGGAGGAGGUCAAAUGCGAAGAAGAAACCCCUCUACAGCAGCAACAAGACGGAGAGAUCCAGCUUCAACAACAAACAGUGCUCAAACAGGAGAAUGAGGAAGAGCAACCCCUACAUGCCAAUGCUGAAAAUACAGAUGAGGAGAGCAAGGUGGUGCAAAAUGAUAUUCAAACCAAUGAGAUCGAACAAAAGCCAGAUACUAAGGAACCGGAGGACAAACAAGAGGCUAAAAUUGAGGAAAAGACUGAGGAAGCCCCUGCCCCAAAAGAGGAGGUUAAUACAGAGGAGGUAAAGGACAAGAAAGAUGAAGAUACCAAGCAAGAAAUUGAUGCAACUGCCACUUCCCCACAAGAAUAGAUUGGAAACACACAAAAAUUUAAUUAAAACCUUUUGUGGUAUGGACCUGUUCAAUGUACGGCAAAUAAGUUUAAAAUUCAGAAUGCCUUUUUGCUUCGUGAGUGUUGUACUGUCCCAGCUGAAGAAGUGGAUGAACCGUGAUGAGUGAAGCAGGUUUUAUUAAAGCCCAGUGCAUCUCUGUAGCUUGAAAAUUGCUUUUGUGGGUCAAGGUUGGUCAAUGUCAGUUUUUAUAUUGUGAAGAUCUGUAAAAAAAUUGUGAGUGCUUGAACCUGUGCCUGAUGUCAAAUUCUGUUGUCUUAACUAAUGCAAUUCAGGACUACAAUGUUUACAGUCAAUCAAUACGUCCUAAUGGUGAAUCUCUAUUUCACUGUUUACAAUAAUACCAGCUGACGCCAAAAUGUAACAGACAUAUUUGAUAAACUGGACUUGCUUUUUCACUUGAGACUUCUGUAGAUUAUGUAGUCUAUGUAAUUUUUGGCUUCAGUCUUGUCAGAAUCAAUCAAUAAUGGGGUCCCAAGUAUUGUAUUUCUACCUUCUUGCCUCUCAGAAUGGUGUAAGAGUGCUGUGAUUGUAAAACUAACUUUUGUGACCUCUCUUUGCUGAUACAAAUUAGGGCUGCAUAAUAUGAGAACAUUGGCAAUAUGCCAUGAUUAUGUAAAGUAUUGUAAUUAGAAAUAAAUAAAUGACCUUGUAUGGUUUAUUUAUUUAAAUCAAAUUAGUUGUCAUUGCACUUGUCAAAACUUGUUUUAAAAAAAAACUAACAACAACAGCAGAUUAACAAGUGUAAAUGAAGGUCAAAAUAUCAAAAUGACCUGGACUUUUUAAACACAUGUAUUUUGUCACAUACUCAAGGAUGUGGGCUUGUAACAAUAUUGCAGUGUUUUCUUAAUAUCAAUGAAUAUGAAUUGUAACUGAAUUUUUAAAAGCCAAAUUGAUGCAUUAUGCAGCCAUGAGAUACCCACAUGUUUACUGACCUCUGCCUGCCUUGCUCUGUCUCUCCUCCCUCUCUUCUCCUUUCUCUCUCUAUCUCUCUUUCUUUAUACUGUCUAAGUGCUGCAUGAUGUUGACUCAGCCUUUGAAUGCUUGCUACUAACAUUUUGUCUUUUAUUGCUUUUGUAAUUCUUGUUUGCCAUCCUAUGAAAUGUGUACAAUGAUUUUCCAACUUUACAUUCCAUAUUUACUGGACAAUGUAUAUCUUUAUUAAAAGUGAUUGUAUUUGAAACAAAGUGUAAAUGUUAACUGAGGUAUUUCUGGCCUUGAGCAGGUAAGUUAACAUCACAUAGAUAUAUACAACUAUGGAUAAUGUUAGGGUUAAUAUCCAUAAUAUCAAAAUGCAUAGUUU